AUGUCUCCGCUACUGUUGCUCUUAAUCUCUUUUAUUAUCAAAGCCUGUGCCAUUGAUUUACAUAGUCCAUGGACUAUGUCAGCUGGGUCAACUUAUGGCUCCUACAAGUUCAACGUACUUCAACAUCUAACUGGGAUCUCUCCUUAUUUUGAAUCUAACUCCGAAGGAUUGAACCCUGAUCCGCCUCAAGAUUGCGUAAUUGACAAAGUCGCUUAUCUAAUACGCCACGGUGCUAUUUACGUUAACGAGUAUGAUUACGUGAGCACUAUUCAGCCAUUUUUGGAGCGUCUCAAGAAUGCGUCUAAUUAUGUCAACUUUUCCGAAUCAGCAGACUUAGCCUUCUUAACUCACUGGACUUCACCGAUCUCGAACAGCAAAGAACAGAUCGCAAAGCUAUCCAAGCUUGGAUAUCUCGAAGCAUUUAGUCUGGGCACUCGCCUUGCAUAUCGAUAUCCAAAUCUGAUGCCCACGACAAAGGAUACGUCUUUCAAAGUCUGGGGGUCAAAUGCUAAUCGAACAAAACACAGCGCUGAAGCCCUCUUUGCUGGACUUCAUGCUGGACAUGAAACAAUCGGCAAGAUGGUUAACGUCUCAGAAGACAACGACCGAGGAGCCGAUACUCUCACACCGACGAGAUCCUGUCCAAAUUUUGAUGUCUCGAAAGGUACGCAACAAGCGGAUGUGUGGCUAAACAAUUACGCAGUGCCGAUUAUAGCACGAUUGAACGCUAAGAUACAUGGACUUCACUUUUCAGCAAAAGAUGUGAUGGCGAUGCAAGAGCUGUGCGGAUAUGAAACCAUCAUUCGAGGGUCUUCACUAUUCUGUGGAAUUUUUACGUCCGAGGAAUGGCUAUCUUUCGAGUAUUAUUUCGAUAUCAAGUACUAUUAUGAGUUGGGUUACGGGAAUGAUCUUUCGCCUACUCUCGGUAUGCCUUGGGUUGUUGCAACAAGCGAUCUUCUCGCUCAUGCAAAGACUAACGAUCAGCGUCUUUACAUUAGCGUCGCACAUCGACAAAUACCACCUCUUAUCGUGACAGCAUUAGGUCUAUUCAACGAUUCUGAAUAUCUUCGUACUUCGAAUGUAAAUCCUGUGCUUCCACUUGACAAAAUCAAUUAUCAACGUGCAUGGAAGACUAGCAACUUCAUUUCAUUUUUGAGUCAAAUUGCAUUAGAACGGCUCAAUUGUAAAUCUGCCGCGUAUAACGGAUCCUAUGUGAGAAUUCUUGUGAAUUCCGUGCCAAAGCCUCUACCGGGAUGCGUGAGUGGCCCAAGUGACAGUUGUCCCUUGCAACAGUACAGGGAUUAUGUCAAACAACGUAAUAAACAAUACGAGAGUUUUACAAAAGUUUGUGGGGUAAAAAAUAAGAAAGCUCCUGAUGCAAUGACAUUUUUUGUGAAAGAAUAA